GCGACAAUUUUUGUUGAUGCGGAUAUGGAAGCUUCUGAUUGUACUAAUAUCAAGUUGUCGCCUGAUCUAGCAAAACCACCAUCUGUUACAUGGAAGAGGAAUUUGAACACCGAGGAAGUCCCCCUUUCACAUUCUAUGUUCAACUUGAAAGAAAUGUUCCAUUUGGCUCCUAUGGGAUAUCGAUUAUGGCGUUGGAUAAGGGAAGAUGCUUCAAAGGGAAAUGGAAAUGGAACUCUGUAUAACCCAAUGAAGAAACACUAUUAUUCCUCUUGUAACGCUGUACCAGUAGGGGGUAUUGGUUCAGGUAGCAUUGGAAGGACAUUUAAAGGCGAAUUUUUGCGUUGGCAACUCUUUCCUAAAAUAUGUGAAGACAAACCAGUAUUAGCAAAUCAGUUUUCUGUGUUUGUGUCACGACCCAAUGGAAAGAAGUAUUCUACCGUUCUCUGCCCACCAAAUCCAGAAGUGCUAAAAGAAAAUUCAGUUGAUGGGAUUGGAUCUUGGGACUGGAAUUUCAGUGGAAACAGUUCUACUUACCAUGCGUUAUACCCAAGGGCUUGGACAAUAUAUGACGGUGAACCAGAUCCAGAACUAAAGCUAAUUUCUCGUCAGAUUUCACCAAUCAUUCCCCAUAACUAUAAGGAAAGCAGUUUUCCCGUAGCAGUGUUCACUUACACAUUGUUUAACUCUGGAAACACUACUGCGGAUGUCACGUUACUUUUCACAUGGGAGAAUUCUGUUGGUGGAGCCUCUGGAUUAUCUGGUCAUCAUUCCAACUCCAAAAUGACGGUAAAAGACGGCAUUCAUGGUGUAAACUUACAUCACAAGACUGCAGAUGGGCAACCCUCACUCACCUUUGCUGUUGCAGCACAAGAAACAGAUGAUGUUCAUAUUUCAGUGUGUCCGUCCUUUGUAAUAUCUGGAGACUUCCAGGGCUUCACAGCAGCAGACAUGUGGCAUGAAGUAAAAGAGAAUGGUUCCUUUGAUCACAUUGAUUCAUCUAAGCUGCCAACGGGUUCAAUAGCAGGAUCCUCUAUAGGUGCAGCAAUUGCAGCUUCUGUGACCAUACCAUCUCAGGCAGUACGUAGUGUCACUUUCUCACUUGCGUGGGACUGCCCGGAAGUAAGGUUUCCAACCUGGACAUACCAUAGGCGUUACACUAAAUUUUAUGGUUCGGAAGGGGAUGCUGCAGAAAAAAUUGCACAAGAUGCUAUCCGAGGACAUACUAACUGGGAGGCACAAAUAGAAUCAUGGCAACAGCCUAUCCUUGAAGAUAAGAGGCUUCCUGAAUGGUACAUAAUGACCCUUUUCAAUGAAUUAUACUAUCUCAACUCAGGAGGAACAAUUUGGACAGAUGGACUACCUCCAGUAUCAAGCACUGAAGGAAGACUCUCAACUGAUAGAUCUAACUCAGAUUCUCAAAAUAAGGGUCAACGUCAUGCAAGAAUGACUUCACUACUUGAUGAAAUUCAUAAACCAACAUUGAAAAACUCAGCUUUUGGUACAAAUCUUCUACAAGAAGGAGAAGAAAACAUUGGGCAGUUUCUAUAUUAUGAAGGAAUCGAGUAUCAUAUGUGUAAUACAUAUGAUGUCCAUUUCUAUGCAUCUUUUGCUUUCAUGAUGCUAUUUCCGAAACUCGAACUCAGCAUCCAACGAGACUUUGCAGCUGCUGUAUUGAUGCAUGAUCCACGAAAAAUGGAUCUUUUAUGCGAUGGAACAUUAGUCCCACGAAAGUCCCUUGGUGCAGUCCCACAUGAUAUCGGGAUGAUUAAUCCAUGGUUUGAUGUUAACUUCUAUAAUCUUUAUAAUACUGACAAGUGGAAAGACUUGAACCCAAAAUUUGUGCUCCAAGUUUACAGGGAUGUAGUUGUCACUAAAGACAAGGAUUUUGCACAUGCCGUUUGGCCCUCAGUUUAUAUUGCAAUGGCAUACAUGGAACAGUUCGAUAAAGAUGGGGAUGGUAUGAUUGAAAAUGAAGGGUUCCCUGAUCAGACAUAUGAUGCAUGGUCAGUCUCGGGUAUCAGUGCAUAUACUGGUGGACUGUGGGUUGCAGCAUUGCAAGCUGCAUCUGCAUUAGCUGGAGAAAUUGGUGAUAAAGGUUGCGAAGAUUAUUUUUGGGGGAAGUUUCUGAAAGCAAGGGUUGUGUAUGACAAGUUGUGGAAUGGUUCUUAUUAUAACCAUGACGAUAGUACUGGGAGGACAAGUUCAUCUAUUCAAGCUGAUCAGUUGGCUGGACAAUGGUAUGCUCAAGCAUGUGGCCUUCUUCCUAUUGUUGAUAAGGAGAAGUCCAGAAGUGCACUCGACAAGAUUUAUAACUUUAAUGUAUUGAAAGUAAAGAAUGGGAAGCUUGGAGCUAUCAAUGGCAUGCUACAUAGUGGUGAACCUGAUAUGUCGUGUAUGCAGUCUAGAGAAAUAUGGGCUGGAGUUACUUAUGCUCUUGCUGCAGGUAUGAUCUAUGAAGACAUGACCGAUGCAGCUUUCAAAACUGCAAGUGGAGUCUACGAGACUGGUUGGUCUGAAGAAGGAGGCGGAUAUGCUUUCCAAACCCCCGAAGCUUGGGAUCUAGACCGAAGAUACAGAGCUCUGGCAUACAUGCGCCCAUUGGCAAUCUGGUCCAUGCAAUGGGCCUUAACACAACCCAAAACUCCGGAACAUGAACUGAAGCCAGAGGUAAAACCUGAAUCUCUCAUCAGGCAACAUGCCGGUUAUUCAAGAGUGGCUCAUCUACUGAAGCUGCCAAUAGAGCAAGACUCUAGGGGCAUCUUUCAAAGUAUUUUUGACUACACUAGCAAAAAGUUGAUUUGAGAUUUUGCUUUCACUACAGUUCUUGGUAUUGGUUUAGCAACUUCUUAUCGAAGACCAUGUGUUAAGAAACUUUAAUCACACAAGUUUCAUUAGCGUGUUCAACUUGAAAAUUCUAUGUAUCAGCCAAGGCCCAAGGACGGCUACAAAUAAUAUUAUGGUUCAAAAGAUUUGGGGACAACAAAGCGUUUCUAUGUUUGGUCAGAGGUGACCAUUUUUAGUAUU